AUGGCUGUCGCCUACCUGCUGGGCAACGGGUCCGCGCCGCUCCUCGCCGGCGCCCUGGAGGUCCCGUUCGCCGCCAACGCCUCCGCCUGCCGCCCGCCCGGGCCGCCCUGCCCGGCCUGGGGCAACGCCUCGGCGGCGCUGGGCUGGAACCGCUCGGAGCCCUGCGGCGGCGGCAAUGGCAGCGCGGGCGGCGGCGGGCCCUGCGCGCCCGCGGGCGGCGGCCCCUCCGUGGUCACCGCCAUCGCCAUCAUGGCCCUCUACUCCGUGGUCUGCGUCGUGGGGCUCUUCGGCAACUUCUUGGUCAUGUAUGUCAUCGUCAGGUACACGAAAAUGAAGACUGCCACCAACAUCUAUAUUUUCAAUCUUGCAUUGGCAGAUGCCCUAGCAACAAGUACUCUGCCAUUCCAGAGCGUGAAUUACUUGAUGGGAACCUGGCCAUUCGGUACCAUCCUCUGUAAGAUUGUUAUCUCCAUAGACUACUACAAUAUGUUCACCAGUAUCUUCACACUCUGCACCAUGAGUGUGGAUCGCUACGUGGCUGUUUGCCACCCAGUUAAGGCCCUUGAUUUCCGCACCCCCCGAAAUGCCAAAAUUGUCAAUGUCUGCAACUGGAUUCUUUCCUCUGCCAUUGGCCUGCCAGUUAUGUUCAUGGCAACUACUAAAUACAGGCAUGGCUCAAUUGACUGCACCCUUACAUUCUCCCACCCUGCUUGGUACUGGGAGAACCUCCUGAAAAUCUGUGUGUUCAUCUUUGCCUUCAUCAUGCCGGUGCUGAUCAUCACGGUGUGUUACGGGCUGAUGAUUUUGCGCCUGAAGAGCGUUCGCAUGUUAUCCGGCUCCAAAGAGAAGGACAGGAACCUGCGGAGAAUCACAAGGAUGGUUCUUGUAGUGGUGGCAGUGUUUAUUGUCUGCUGGACUCCCAUCCACAUUUAUGUUAUCAUUAAAGCCCUGGUCAACAUCCCAGAAACUACUUUCCAGACUGUCUCCUGGCACUUCUGUAUUGCUCUAGGGUAUACAAAUAGCUGCCUUAAUCCAGUCCUUUAUGCAUUUCUAGAUGAGAAUUUCAAAAGGUGUUUCAGAGAGUUCUGCAUCCCCACUUCCUCAACCAUUGAGCAGCAAAACUCCACCCGAGUCCGACAAAACACUCGUGACCAUGCUUCCACUGCCAACACUGUGGAUAGGACUAACCACCAGUUGGAACUUCAAGAAGCUGAAACUACUCCACUGCCGUGACAGGGUCUCCUGCUGCAUGGCUCUCAGAGCAGUUGCCACUGCCACAGUGUGCUAGUGGGAACACGCAGGAUUUGCUUUCCCUCAAAAAAAAAAAUACCACAGAGGAAAGUGCCUGCUUUUCCAGCCUGUCAAAAAUUGCUUCUGCAGCACAUCUGCAUUGCACUUAGCAGAAGCAUGAAAUGUAACAGCGAGCAGAGCCAGGAGAUGUGGGGGCCUUCCAGGCUCCAGCUCAAAGCAAUCCUGUUUACCAGGAGCACAUACAUUAGUCUAAAAACAAAGCUACUCUGCCUGUAGCAACCUGACAUGCUCUUGGUAAGUUACUGUGGUGUGAAAACAGGUUGGAAACAAAAAUUCAAAGGCUAGACAACCAUAGUUUGAAAAAUAAGGAUGGAAAAUAAUGGGGUAUGAAGUUGUAAUACUGUUGGGUACACUCUAUUUACUCUUAAAAUUUAUUUGUAGAGGUGUUUUCUGUGCAGGUUAUUUACGUGCUGAAGUCUCAUGAGGUCAUGUAGAACAACACAUUUUUAGUUCAAGAGGU